CCAAAUUGAAUUGGGGAAAGAAAUCCUAAAACCCCCAAUUCAAAACCCUACAAACAUUCUUGAUCGGAGCCCUAAUUCUCUCAAUUGCUCAACAAAUUAUGAAUUUGCGGUCACGCAAAAUUCAGAGCAGACGGGUGAAACGAGCUCCUUGCAGGUUUGUUGUAAUCAAGGAUGAAGGAGUAGACAUCAUUAGCAGAUUACCUGAUGCACUACUCACAUAUAUCCUCUCUUUGCUUCCCGAUGCCGAUGCGAAUCGAACUCGCGUAUUGUCGAACAGGUGGAAGAAUCUCUGGUUGUUUCUGCCAAAUCUUCAUUUCGUUAUGCCGUUCUGUUGGUCAAUUGGAGAAGUCAAGAAGUUUCACGAUUCCGUUGAUCAAGCACUUGCACUUCGAGGUGGUAUGCCAAUUGAGAAAUUCUUUCUUUACUGUUCUAAGAACUGUGAUUAUGAUCGUGUUUAUGGAUGGCUUUCUACCAUUGUUAAGUGUAAGGUUCAUGAGCUUGAACUUAGGUUUCCAGCUGAUCGAUUUAGGGCUAGGUUUUGUUGGGAUUUAUUCAAGACUUGCAAUACGCUUGUUGCGUUAACUUUGAGAGGUGAAUUCGUGUUAGAUGUUCCUCAGGCUGAGUUGCUUUUUCCUUGUUUGAAGAAAAUCAAUCUGGUAUCCAUUCUUUAUUCUGGCGAUGAAUCGAUUGUGAAUCUGAUUUCUGGGUGUCCUGUUUUGGAAGAAUUGUUUGUGGAGAGACAAGUAAUCGGUCAAUUCGAUAACUUGCAGACAUUUAAAGUCUCAUCUCCAUCUUUAAAGAGGUUAAGGAUAUCGUUUGCAUUGUGUAUUCUUGGGAAUUAUAGGGUUGUGAUCGAUGCUCCUAAACUGGAAUAUAUAUACAUUUUGGAUGUAAUGUCGACUGACUACUCUUUGACAAUGCCGAUGUCUCUUGUUGAAGCCAACAUCAAGGCUCGAACCGACAGCAAUACUGAAUCUAUUGCUCAAAUUGUUGCAAUCCUCUCUCCAGUCAAAAUCUUGACCUUGACUGAUUCAACCUUAAUGGCUCUGAGUUAUGUUCAUAAUUUAAACAUACCCACAUUCGCUAACUUGAUCAAAUUUGUGGUUGGCAUCGACUGUCUUUGGGGCUGGAAUUUGCUGCCAACUCUCCUACACAACAUGCCUAAUCUUGAGCAUAUUACCUUUUCGGAUGGACUUGUACCUUUCCCGCGAAUACAAUAUGCCUUCAACAUGAAUUGGGUCCCACCAGAGUAUGUGCCCGGUUGUCUGCGCCAUAAGAUUACAGAAAUCACAAUCUGCAACCGGGAACCUGUAAUUCAAGAAGAGUUCGGCUUAAUCAGGUAUCUGCUCCAACACUCGACUAAUUUGAGGAUUUUCAGAAUAAAUGGUCAUAGAAAUGACAGUAAGAGUCGUGAACGGUUAUUAAGCUUACCUCGUGGCUCGAAUCAGAGUCGGGUCGAAUUCGUUUGAAGUGCCUCUCUAAGAUCCUGAUGAUCUUUCACAUAAAAACAUCCAAUAUAACAGGUGAGAUCAUCCACAGAUUGUUUUGAUCUUUUCAAGUUGAACCUUCUUCUUUUUCAAACCUUUUUGUUGUGUCCUUUUCAGUUGUAGAAUGUGCAAAGUUUAGCAUAGUUGGGGGUUUUUGAUAAUCUAUAUAUACCUGUAAAAGAUCAUAGAUUGCAAGUAAAAUAGGGUCAUGGCAAAAGGGUUGCCUUGGGUUCUCAA